AUGGGGCCAAUCUGGGAAGUGGUAGGAGGCCUGCAGCGGGGCGGCCUCCUCGUGCGGAUUGGCAAGGACACCAGCUCCGAUCCCUCGGCUGACCGACUCCAGACGGGCGCCUUAGUCCGGCAACUCGAGAAGGAUGGCGAUCGCUUGUGCUACGAGCUCCUCCUUGGUCAGGGCCCACCAUCGGGGUGGAUCUCUUGUGUCUCUCAAGGCAAGCCGCUGCUGGCUGCUCGGAGCGAUCUCUGGGAGGUCGUUGGCGGCGGGGAGAAGGGUGGGCUCUUGGUGCGUCGAGGACGUGACCUGACGUCGGAAGCGUUGGACGAGCGCCUUGCGACCGGUUCGUGGGUGAAGGAGCUGGAGCCGCCUAAAGACGGAAGGCUCCACUUCGCACGGCUGACCGGGAGCGGCCCAGAAGAAGGCUAUGUAAGCCUGCAGGUCGCCGGGAAGGAGCUGCUGAAGAAGGCGGCCUCCCACCAGGCGGCAAUGCCUGCCGCGCCAUUGUCUGCGCCGUCCGCGCCCACGUCCAGGAAGCUGCGCAUCUUUGCUUUGGCAGGCAGCAUCACCUGCAAGGAGCUUCUGAAGUUCCAAUGUGGCCAGCUUGCUGCGCUUCUCGGGAAGGAUGCAGUGGAGUGGACCUAUGCCGAGGGCACCGUCUUCCAUCCCUGGGAGCUAUCGGAGCAGCUGAGCGACUUCGAGAGGACCGUGGCCGGCAAGCGCCAGCAGUUGAUAUCCUGGUAUGAGGACAUCUACCACUGCAAGCAGGACCGCCCGAUCCUAGAGAAGCAGUUCGACCCCACCGUUGUGGUGGAAUCUGUGGAGAUUCCUGAGAAGGUGGCUCUUCUGAGGAAGCGGCUGGAGGAGGAGGGUCCUUUCGACGUGCUGCUGGGCUUCUCGCAAGGCUGCAUCAUGAUCCACUACCUGGUUGGGCACCUGCGCCGAGAGGGACUGCCGGUGCCGUGCAAACUGCUUGUGUUCUUCGAAGGCAUGCACAUCCGCGAUCAGAGAUUUGCGGAGCUGUUCGAGACGCCAGUGAAGCAUCCCAGCAUCCACAUCUUCGGAGAGACAUCGCCGUACUAUGCCUACGCACGCGAGGGUCGCUGCACCACGAAGCGCGUGGAGGAAUACUACGAGAACCCGCUCGUACUGACGCACGCGGAAGGUCACAACUUUCCGACGCAGCCACCACGGAGCACCGAAAUCUACACCAUCGUCAAAGAGCAGAUCCUCCAGCUAAGAGCAGCUGGCGCCACUUCGCCCGCGUAG